AUGUAUUGGCUAUUAAUAAUUUGUAAAUAGAGCAAAUAGGUGCUGAAUGAAUUUGAUUAAUCUACAGUUUUAAUUUGUUAUAAUAUUCAAUAAACUAUCAAAACAAUUAGAUAUAUUCAAAAAAAUAAUUCUUUUAAAGGAAGAAAAAUUAUUUAAUAAAUGAAUAAUUAAAGAACUCAUACGAGUGGCUCUUAAAGGAGUGAAGCUAGCGAUAAAAAAAUAUAAUUGCCAAAAAUCAAAAAGACAAUAGGUGAAAAACAAAUUAUGUAAAUUGAUGGUUAACUGGAAGAUAAUCCAUUUUAUGUGCCAGAAGAUUAUGAAAUUCUUAAAAUGAAAGAAGAAGAAAAGUUAAAUAGAUUAAAGGAAAGAGCAUAAAAUCAAAAACUUAAAAUAUGGGAAAAAGGAAUUAAAAGCAAAGGAAAAUACACAGUAAGUUCUAUAAACGAAUAAUAUAAGAUAGAUGAAGAAGCAGAGGAUGAAUAUGCGAAAUUGAAUAUUGUUGAUGCUGCUAAGAAUGCUAUGAAAAAUAGAGUAAGACAAAAAGAACCCAUGCACCAGUUUAUUGAUAAAAAGAGAGAAAUGCUUUUAUUUUAAAUGUUAAUAGACCACAAAAAGAACUAAAUUAAUGAGUUCGAAGAAUUAACUCGUCUUCAUAAAAAGGGUUUAGAAAAAUCUGAAUAAAUGCUUGAAGAAGAUAUUGAGGCAUUCAAUAAAUUUUUAGAAGAAAAUAAAAAUAAUUCAAGAUAAGCCAUCAAGGCUGCUGAAGAUGAAACUAAGAAGAAACAAGAGAAAUAGUUUGAAAUAAAGUAACUCAAUGAAUUGCGUUCAGAUUUGCAAACAAAGAUAUCUCAAAAAGCUGAAAACUUAGAUGAAUUUUGGGGAUAUAAAAAGUUCUUAGAUAAAAUAACUCCAAAAGAAUUUAUUGAAGUGUUAGAAAGAAAGAGAAAGAAUAAAAAGGACAACACUAAGAAAAAAACAUAAGAUUCAACAAGCUAUAAAAAAUUAGUUGAUACUUAUAAUAUCACCAUUCAUUAGGAUAUCUUGGAAAUAUUAGAUGAUAGUGAUGAAGAAUUCGAACCUUAUUUUAAAAAACCAGAAUAGUUGGAAUAAAUAUUUAUUGACUUACAAGAAAAAAAUUUAUCUCUGAUCCAAAACACUUAGGAAAGAGAAUAAUAAGCUGAAGAAAUCAAACACAUAUUUUUAUAAAAAUAAAAAAUGCUCAACGAAGAAAAGCAAAAUAUAAUCAAAGCUAAAAAUGACUUACUUAAAAACUUAGAUAAUGUAAAUGAACAAAUCAAACAUUUAAAGUAAGUAAAAAAUGAUAAUCAAACACCUUCACAAUUACUCUAAAUAAACUAGGAAAUAUUGAAAAUUUAUAAAAAUGAUCCUAUCUCAUAAGAAAAAGGAGUAGAUAUUAGAAAGGAUAUAAUGGGAAUAGAAAUUAUUAAGGAAAUGGAACUUAAGUUAGAAAGCUUGUUAGAUUAAUUAAAGUAAGAAAGAGCUAAAAACGAAUAAAGGCUAUAAAAUGCAGAGAAAUAAUCAACAUAGGAAAGAAGAGACGAAAUUAAAAAAAGUAAACAAGAAUAAGAAAAUAAAAAUAUGCAGCUAAGAUAACAAGUUUUAGCCUAACCUAAAAAAGAGAAAAGAUAUGGAAGACCUAUUAUGGAGAGGAUGCUCCCUUAAAAAAAAAUUAUAGAAGAAAAACAAGAAGAAGAGGAAUCAGAAUAAGAAAGAGAUUACAGAAAAUACUUGCCAGAUAACUACUGA